AUGCUAAGUGCUAAAAGAUCUAUACCGAGGUUGGCAAACAACUAUGCAAGAUAUUUCAGUAGUUCCAAAGUUGCAAAAUAUGCCACUGCACCUAAUGCAGAAGGUGAGUCAAGCCGUUUUGGCAAUUAUCACAUUGUAGAUCAUGAAUAUGACUGUAUCGUUGUUGGUGCAGGAGGUGCAGGUUUACGUGCAGCUUUUGGUUUGGCUGAGGCUGGUUACAAGACAGCUUGUAUAUCCAAGUUAUUCCCUACUAGAUCACACACUGUUGCCGCUCAAGGUGGUAUCAAUGCUGCAUUAGGGAAUAUGCAUAAGGAUAACUGGAGAUGGCACAUGUAUGAUACUGUUAAGGGGUCAGAUUGGUUGGGAGACCAAGAUUCCAUUCAUUAUAUGACCCGUGAGGCACCAGCCUCGAUUAUUGAGUUGGAGCAUUUUGGUAUGCCUUUCUCACGUACAGAAGAAGGCCGUAUUUACCAACGUGCUUUCGGUGGUCAAUCCAAGGAAUUUGGUAAAGGUGGACAGGCGUACCGUACCUGUGCUGUUGCUGAUCGUACUGGGCAUGCCAUGUUACACACUUUGUACGGCCAAGCGCUAAACCACGAUACGCAUUUCUUCAUUGAGUACUUUGCCAUGGAUUUAUUGACUCAUAAUGGUGAAGUUGUUGGUGUAAUUGCCUACAAUGAAGAGGAUGGUACUAUCCACAGAUUCCGUGCGCACCAGACUGUGUUAGCUACUGGAGGUUACGGUCGUGCGUACUUUUCUUGUACCUCUGCACACACAUGUACUGGUGAUGGUAACGGUAUGGUAGCCCGUGCCGGUUUCCCAUUGCAAGAUUUGGAAUUUGUUCAAUUCCACCCAUCGGGUAUCUACGGUUCAGGUUGUUUGAUCACAGAAGGUGCUCGUGGUGAAGGUGGUUAUUUGCUAAAUUCCGAGGGUGAAAGAUUUAUGGAGAGAUAUGCACCAACUGCUAAAGAUUUGGCUUCCAGAGAUGUUGUUUCUCGUUCAAUUACCAUGGAAAUCCGUGAAGGUCGUGGUGUCGGUCCACUAAAGGACCAUAUUUAUUUACAAUUGUCUCACUUGCCUCCUGCUGUUUUGAAGGAGCGUUUACCUGGUAUCUCAGAGACUGCACACAUUUUUGCAGGUGUUGAUGUCACUAAGGAACCUAUCCCUGUGUUGCCAACUGUCCACUACAACAUGGGUGGUAUUCCAACACGUUGGACUGGUGAGUGCUUAACUAUCGACGAGAACACUGGAGAAGACAAGACCAUCCCAGGUUUGAUGGCCUGUGGUGAAGCUGCAUGUGUGUCCGUUCACGGUGCUAACAGAUUGGGUGCCAACUCUUUGUUGGAUCUAGUCGUCUUUGGUCGUGCAGUUGUCCAUACUGUUGCUGAUAAAUUGCAGCCUGGUUUGCCCCACAAGCCAGUACCUUCAGAUCUUGGUAAGGAAUCUAUUGCUAACCUAGAAAAGAUGCGUACUGCUAAUGGUUCAAAGCACACUAGUGAGAUCCGUCUCAACAUGCAACGUUCUAUGCAAAACGAUGUUGCUGUUUUCCGUACACAAGAAUCGCUAGAUGAAGGUGUCCGUAACGUUACUGCCGUUGAUAAAUCAUUCUCUGAUGUUCGCACUGAAGAUCGUUCUAUGAUUUGGAAUAGUGAUCUAGUAGAGACACUUGAACUGCAAAACUUAUUAACCUGUGCUAAACAAACUGCUGUAUCAGCAGCAAUGAGAAAGGAGUCUCGUGGAGCACACGCCCGUGAGGAUUACCCUAAGAGAGAUGAUGAGAACUGGAUGAAACACACAUUGUCAUGGCAAAAAAGUUCUGGUGACCCUGUUGAGCUAAAAUACAGAAAUGUUAUUUACAAGACAUUAGAUGAGAACGAAUGCCCAUCGGUACCUCCUGCCAUCAGAUCAUACUAA